AUAGAGGGCAAGGUAAAAACUCUGGGUACGGGGCAAGCCCAGAACAGUGAAACUCUUGUCACCUUUCAAUUUCAACAUUCUGAACAAUAUUAAAGUGUCAUCCCUGACACACACAUCUGUUUUCAUAGCUAACAUAACUUAAUUAACAAACACAAUAACUGUUAUAAAAAACAUUUUUUCCUCUUGUUGAAAAUCUGCCCCGGGCACAGAAAACCUCCCUUAAUUGCAGACUCGGGCGUGUUACGGACGGUCCGCGCCGCACUUCAGCUGUGCUCGCAGCCCUCGGCCCCGGGCGAGUCGUGCCACCCAGUCUGGAGUGAAGGAAUGGCGCUGUUGUGUUUCACAGCCCCUACACACACUUCUUCCUACCUGCCGGUAUGAUGAAAUAGUUUGACAACACUUGUGGGAGCUGCGGACGCCGCUGGGUCGAGGAAGCACCGCCCAGCCGUCCCGUCCCAGCCAACUUACCCCAGCAACUCCACACCGGCACGACGCGCCGCAGGAAAAACAGCAGGACCGGGAUAAAGUUCACCAGAAGACCCUUUCUUCUGCAGGACCCCACGCCACUUUCCUCUAACUCGCGGGAAGUGAUUUCGGAGCGAAGCGGCCACUUCCAGCGGGAGCAAAAGUUUCUUCCAGCGAGUGUCGACAGAGAUUUGGGAGGACAUUCCUGCCAGACAGGAGGCCGCAGUUUGGCUACCCGUCCGUCGGCCGAAACACUACUUUAGGACCGUCUGAAACUUUUUUUAUUGGACAUUUGAAACUAUUCCCUCAAACGAGAUGAACCAGCAUCAUCAGCCAAUGCCUGGGCAACAAGUGGUGCACGUAGCCCAGGACUCCGACACCGACCUGGAAGCCCUGUUCAACUCGGUCAUGAACCCAAAGCCUUCUUCUUGGAGGAAGAAACUUCUCCCGGAGUCCUUCUUUAAGGAACCGGACUCGGGCUCUCACUCCCGGCAGAGCAGCACCGACUCCACCUCCUAUCCGAUCCGGCUGCUGGUCUCCCACAGCCGCUCCCACUCCUCCCCGGCCUCGCUGCAGUUCGGCUCCGCGGGAAAGCCCAGCCCCAGCCCGCAGAGCCACCACCACCAGCGGCACCAGUCCUGCGAUGUGGCGGAGGAGCUGCCGCUGCCGCCCGGCUGGGAGAUGGCCUACACCAGCAGCGGCCAGAAGUACUUCCUCAAUCACAUAGAGAAGAUAACAACGUGGGUGGAUCCUCGGAAAUCCAUGGCACCAAGCUUGACCCCAGCAUCUCUGCAGCACAAUACCCAGAAUAACUCCACCCAACAUACAAACUCUCACAUCCAGCUUCAACGUACUAUGGCUCUGUCUCAGCCCAAUUUGGUGAUGCAACAACAACAUCGACAGCAUCAACAGCAAUGUCACCAUCAUCAACAGCAACAGCUACAGGCCCAACAGAUCCCAGUCGAGACUCUGGGCUCACCGAGCACCCUGGCCCAGCAGCACAGCUCUUCUGGAGGCAUGAUGAAUCUGGGAGGAUCCCUAGGGGCUGGGGCUGGUGGAGCUAGUGGGACUAGCAAUGUUCAAGGUGGUGGUACCCCUGUUAGUGUUAGCCAGCAGCAGAAAAUGAGACUCCAAAGAAUCCAGCUGGAAAGAGAGAUGAUCCAGAGACGACAGGAGGAGCUCAUGAGACAGGAGGUGGCACUAUGUCGGCAGCUGCCUAUGGAAGGAGAUGAUUUGACCUCCACACUGGCCUCUGUUGGUGGCAGUCAGAAUAACAACAUGCCCAGCAGUGGCUCAGAUCCCUUCCUGAACAGUGGUCAUUUCCACCACUCCAGAGAGCAGAGCAGCGACAGCGGCUUGGGUUUAGGCUCUUACAGUAUUCCAACGACACCUGAAGAUUUCCUCAACAACAUGGAGGAGAUGGAUACAGGUGACGCUCUGGUGCAGGGCAGUCUCAGCAUGCCUGCUGGCCAGCCCAACCGCUUCCCUGACUUCCUGGAUUCACUUCCAGGAACCAACGUUGACUUGGGAACCUUGGAGGGAUCUGACCUCAUACCCAUCCUCAAUGAUGUGGAGUCAGCUCUCAAUAAGACAGAGCCUUUUCUCACCUGGCUGUAGACACACACACACACACACACAAAAUAUACAAACUGUGCACACAAAGAUGCAUGGCUUUAUUAAUGAAUUUAAAUUUCUAGGCACGCACACACACACACACACACACACACACACACACACACACACACACACACGUGUCUAACAAUGCAGCAUCAAGGAAGGAGGACUCCGUCUUGGUUUCAUCAACUCUGCUGCUGUCAGUUCACUCUGGGCUCUGUGCAGGAUGUGUAGAUGUGGGAGAGGAAGUUAGUUCUGGGCUGACAUGUGUAGAUGUGGGAGAGGAAGUUAGUUCUGGACUGACGUGUAGAUGUGGGAGAGGGAGUUAGUUCUGGACUGACGUGUAGAUGUGGGAGAGGAAAUUAGUUCUGGACUGAUGUGUAGAUGUGGGAGAGGAGGUUAGUUCUGGACUGAUGUGUAGAUGUGGGAGAGGAAGUUAGUUCUGGACUGACAUGUCCACCGAAGGUGUAAGGCAAUGACCUUUUUGAGUGUAGCAGCCAUGCUAGCUCAGCAGAAAAACACAAGUAUUAUUUUAUUCCUGUCACUAAGUAACUGUUGAUUCUAUACCACCUGGUCUGUAGAGUGUUGUCCAGUUCACAUGUUGAUGAUAUGGAGGAAACUGAUGAAGGGCCAGUGACCUUUAACUCAUUGGACAACCUGACCAAACUCUCGUCUGUCCAGAGACUUUUGUAAAACACAAGUCAUCCAAAAGCUUUUUGCACCGCUAGUUUAACAGUUUUUAAUAGUAGAGUGGGUCCCUCUUUCCCAACCCAGUCCUCCAGUAUCCCAGUCAUGCAGUCCUCCUGCACCCCUGUCCUACAGUCCCCCAAUCCCCCUGUCCUGCAGUUCUCCUGCACCCCUGCCCAUCCAGUCCCCCAGUACCCCUGCCCUCCAGUCAUCCAGUACCCCAGUCCUGCAGUCCUCCUGCACCCCUGCACCCCUGCCCUCCAGUACUCCUGUACUGCAGUCCUCCUGCACCCCUGUCCCGAAGUCCUCCAGUACCCCUGUCCUCCAGCCCUCCAGUACCCCUGUCCUGCAGUCCUCCAGUACCCCUGUCCUCCAGUCCUCCGGCACCCCUCAGCUCCAGUCCUCCAGUACAGUGCAGACUUUUUUUCUGCAGUACCCCUGUCCUGGAGACUUUCUUUGAGACCCUGAAUAGGUGUGAAUAGGUGUGUCUGUUCAAAACGUUUGGGGCUUCACAGUAUUCAAAUUUUAAGAUCUUUUACUCAACUAAUCAAAUUAUAGCACAUCAUUAUGUCAGGUGUGCCAUAUCUGACAUGAUGAAGUAUUGAUUAGUUGAGUAAGUACAAACAGGCCUGUGGACAUCACAGAAGGUUGAAUCAGUUCAUCUGGACACAACGUUUAUUGACAGAUAUGUUUCAUCGUCAUCUAAGUGACCUCUUCAGUCUCAAGUGACUGCAGGUGUCCCCACCCUUAUAAACAAUACAGUGGCAUAACGACUGAAACCAACAAUCGGUCUCAUAUGCAAAUAUGGUGUGGCCAUUAACUAGUAUUACAAUGGCCAUGUGUACUAUUCACAGAGGGUUGGGGAAUAGUUACAAUCACAGCAUUGUAAGAUGGUGACAGAUGUAAUCUUAGA